AUGGCCUCUUUAGGAGCACUGGGGCUUAGAUUGUUGGCCCAGAAUGAACCGAUGCUGAAAAACCUGGUUCCUGUGGAAGAGAGGCGAGCUGGCGUGAGGGCAGCGGGACCGUCCUGGACAAUGGCUUUGAAUAGCAGAGGCGCCACAGAUGAUGUUGAAGCAGGAGAAGAAGUUGUUGGGUCCGAGGAGGUCGGAAUUGUCGUAGUAAGGGUGGUCGAGUCAAUUGUAGAUACCGAAAAAGAUUCUGUAGUGGGACUAAUUGUUGACGAUAUGGCUGAGGUUGAUAAUUUCUCCUGCGACGUAGAAAGCACCACUGACUCUGUCGUAUGGCUAGAAAUAGAAGGAAUAUACGAAAUUGAUACAGUUGAUAGUAGAUCAGUUGUGGAUGUUGCGAUUGAUCCAAUUGCUGUAUCUGAUGUUGAAACACUCGUUGAGGCAAUUAUCGUCGAUUCUGUGCCAGUUGAUGUUGUGCCGGUUGAUGUUGUAAGUGUGGUCGACAGGUGUGAUGUAGAAUACCUUUCGACGCUAGACACUGAGAUCAUAGCCGUCUGCGAUGUUGUCGAUGACCCCCAUAUCGAAGAGUCGGAGUCGGUGGAAGCUAUCGAGCUUGGUACUGAAAGACUGGGCAAAGCUGAUGUCGAUAGCGAUUCGGUUGAAGAUGCAGUUGUGGCCGACAAUAGGGAUUCUAGAUCAGUCUUGAUACUAGCGCUCGUUGAGUCUGUGGAAAGAGAUGUGAGAAUUGUAGAGCCACCCGCAGUCUCUUCUGAUGUCGAUGCCGUGCUAGCUAAAGUUGGCCCUGUGGCCGAAGACGUCGACCCACCUGAUUGGGAAGAUGUGACAGUGGUACUCGGCAAGUCUUGUAAAGUCAGAAGGACCAUAAUUUAG